UGAACGUGGUCAUUAUGAUGAUGAAAAACAACUGCAUGAUGAUGACUGAAGCCUGAAUGAACGACAUGAGUACAAUGAUCAUUAUGGUUCAGCGUCUUCAUUACAGACGUAGGCACUCCUACAACACCAAGUCUAACAAAGUUAAGAUUGUCAAGACGCCGGGAGGUAAACUGGUGUACCACUACCUUAAGAAAAAACCUUCCCCAGCUAGAUGUGGUGACACUGGAGUCAAGUUGAUGGGGGUUGUGGCAGCUCGACCAAAGAAGCUGAUGUCUGUUCCUCGUCCCAAGAAGCGUGUUACCCGAGCCUAUGGUGGCUGUCUUAGUGCUGGUGCAGUCAAACAAAGGAUCAUCAGGGCAUUCUUGAUUGAGGAGCAGAAGAUUGUGAGGAGAGUUCUUAAAGCACAACAACAGGCUAAGAAGUGAAAGUUAACUGCUGAAAAGCAACAUUAACAACAAUCCUACAACGCACUUGAAAGCAACAGGCAAACAUGCUACUUGUACUGAUAUACAUGUACGUUGGAUUCAAUAAAAGCAGAAUGUGGUGUUAAAAAUAAGUUCUAGUUUAUUAAUUUCAUACACAAUCUUGUUUUCUUGUUCAACACUAACCCUGUCUGUUGUACAGACCAAAGGAAGGAAGAGUGUUUCUGGUUCAUCCAAUACAACCUAGAAAAAUCACUCAAAAACUACCACGUACAUCUGUCUACUCAAAAAUUUAAUAGAAACAAAGUUGAAAUGCCUGAAUUCCGAUCAAUUGCUGUACACAGUGUCUUGAAUAAAGAAAUACUUAAAACUAAACAGCGGCCUCCUAUGGUGUUUUUGCCAACAGUUACUUGAAAUCUCAAUUGAGAUCUUUGUCUCAAGCAAUGCAUUAACAGUGCUGUAGGAUUAAUGUUACUGAAUUAAAUCUAUCGGUCUUUUGUUAAUUGUCGCACGAGUGACAGGAAAUAAGGGUAUUCUUUCUUUGGCUUGUCUUGUGUUAUCACGUCCUAAGCAGCUUAGAUGGUAAGAUGUUGGACUUGAUGUAUUCUUGUGAUCUCUCCCCUGCAUCCAUUCCAAAAUAUGUUCCAAAUAGAAAAACUCAAGCAUCUAGUAUACUUGAGUUUUCGGCACUUUAUUUACAACUCAAGCGGGGUUAUUUUUUGAGGGAAUUGUCUCCUGUAAGUCACAAGAUUCCUCAAUUAAAUUAAAGCUUUUUGGUCGA